AUGGCGGCGACACCCCCAAAGUACGCGUGGCUCCCGCCAAACGUGAUACCCGACCAAGCCAACCCGGACUGGAUGAACACCGGCGACAACGCGUGGCAGCUGACCGCCGCCACGAUGGUGGGCCUACAAAGCAUACCGGGCCUCGUGAUACUGUACGGCAGCAUCGUGAAGAAGAAGUGGGCGGUCAACUCCGCCUUCAUGGCGCUCUACGCCUUCGCCGCCGUUCUGAUCUGCUGGGUGGGGUGGGGCUACCAGAUGUCAUUCGGCCGGACUUUCUUGCCCUUCCUCGGAAAAAUCGACGACGUUCUCGACCAGCACGUUCUACUGAAACAGACGUUUAACAACAUCAAGUUCCCGAACGCGACGAUGAUUUAUUUCCAGUUCGUGUUUGCGGCGAUUACCGUGAUACUGAUCGCCGGAGCUCUGCUUGGGAGGAUGAAUUUUAUAGCGUGGAUGGCUUUUGUGCCGCUGUGGCUCACCUUUUCUUACACUGUGGGCGCCUACAGCAUAUGGUGCCCCGAUGGGUGGUUGUCGAAGAUGGGGCUUAUUGAUUACUCCGGCGGGUUUGUUAUUCAUCUCUCGUCGGGGGUUGCUGGCUUCACUGCUGCCUAUUGGGUGGGUCCAAGGACGAAAGAGGAUCGGGAAAGAUUCCCGCCGAACAACAUACUGCUGAUGCUCGCCGGAGCAGGUAUACUGUGGAUGGGUUGGACAGGAUUCAACGGUGGAGAUCCAUACAUGGCAAGCAUCGACGCUUCUCUGGCGGUGCUCAACACACACGUGUGCGCCGCGACAAGCUUGCUUACGUGGCUCCUUCUUGACAUUCUUUUCUUCGAGAAGCCUUCUGUCAUCGGCGCAACUCAGGGCAUGAUCACCGGCUUAGUCUGCAUCACCCCUGCCGCAGGAGUGGUGCAAGGAUGGGCGGCGAUAAUAAUGGGGGUAUUAUCCGGCAGCAUUCCAUGGUUCACAAUGAUGGUCCUCCACAAGAAGAUAUGGCUGCUCAAGCAAGUGGACGACACCAUGGCGGUGUUCCACACGCACGCCGUCGCCGGAACCCUAGGAGGCCUCUGCACCGGAUUCUUCGCAAACCCUAAGCUCAGCCGCCUCUUCUACCUCGUCGACAACUGGCAGCGCUACGUCGGCCUCGCGUACGGCAUCCACGAGGGCAGAGCCGGCGAUGGGUUCAAGCAGAUGGGUAUUCAGAUCCUCGGAGUUGUGUUCAUCGUCUCGUUAAACGUCGUCGUCACGAGCUUGGUGUGUCUGCUGAUUAGGGUUGUGGUCCCGCUCAGGAUGUCGGAGGAGGAGCUCAUCGGCGGAGACGACGCCGUGCACGGCGAGGAGGCCUAUGCACUCUGGGGCGACGGCGAGAAGUUUGAGAAGUCGGUGCAUAAUUCGGUUUAUGGUUUUGAUCAGGUUGCUGCUGUUUGAGGAAAUUUAAAUGUUUCUUGGGAAUUUUUUUUAAGCUUGAUUAUUUGUUAGGAACAAAGAAUAUUUGUGUCUGAAUUUGUAAGGGGUUGUAAUAAGAAUCAGCCAAGAAUAAAUUUUCGGCCAAU